AAAGUACUUCUGUGUAAAGUACUUCCGGUGGGGUCACGGACUAGCUUUCACGCGCUAAUUUUCCCCCGUAUUCGCUGGUGGGCGUUUUACUUUCACGAAAACUUACUUUUUUGCUCCAGGCACAUUUCUCAUGUAAUUCCGUCGCUUUUGCGGCCGCUCGACUCAACGGCUCCGGCGGGACGACCCCGCAACGCGGCGAGACAAGCGAGGCAAAAAGAGGAAGCAAUAGCCAACCAUCUUUCUUCUCCUGCCAGCAAUAACAAGAAAGAGACAGGCUUGCUUCAAGUGGGGCUGAACACUCCAACAUUUAUUGUGCUUUAUUCGGGACAAACGGCGAAGCCUCAGCGCGUUGCGACGGAUCCCAGCCCCCGGAGCCCGAGCUCAGCACCCCGGCAAGCCUGGAAGUUUGGGAUUCUAACGCUGGCUGCUAAGAAUUAGUAUUCCCGUUUUUUCAUGUUUCCAACAGGUUUAUCUUCCCCUAAUCCCCCACCACCGCCAACGCAGGAGGCUAGACAAGCGGCCACUAAUGUCAAAAACGACAGCGGCAGCAUCACAUCUCCCAAGAAGAGGAAAAUAAACGGCUCCGAGAGGGAAGACUCCGCGGACACCAUCUCCUCUUCGCCGCCAAAGCCCCUGAAUUCCUCGUCCUCCUCGUCCGGCUCCCCCACUCCGCUGCACAUCCAGAAGAAGUUGCGGUUCGAGGAUUCGGUGGAUUUCAUUGGACUGGAUGUGAAAAUGGCUGAGGAGGCUGCUGCCGCCGCCGCCGCGGCCGCUUCGUGCUCCAACAACAAAAGCAAAGCCGUGUUCCUGGCCGGCGGCGUCGGGCACCAUGCGAACGGACUGACGAAAGCCGCGGGCUCCGGCACCUUCUCCAACAGCAAGCCCGGGGCCGCCAAGAAACUAGUCAUCAAGAACUUCAAAGAAAAGCCCAAGUUGCCCGAGAACUACACACAGGAGACGUGGCAGAAGCUGAAGGAUGCAGUGGAGGCCAUACAGAACAGCACUUCCAUCAAGUACAAUCUAGAGGAGCUCUAUCAGGCCGUUGAGAACUUGUGCUCUCAUAAAAUUUCAGCCAAGCUUUACAAACAGCUCAGGGCUGUGUGUGAAGAUCACAUCAAGGCACAAAUCGAUCAAUUCAGAGAGGAUGCCCUGGAUAGUGUGCUUUUCCUCAAGAAAAUUGACAAGUGUUGGCAAGAUCACUGCAGACAAAUGAUCAUGAUUAGGAGUAUAUUUUUGUUUUUGGACCGUACCUAUGUUUUACAAAAUUCAAUGCUGCCAUCAAUCUGGGACAUGGGUCUGGAACUGUUCAGGUUCUACAUAAUCAGCGAUUUGAAGGUCCAGAGUAAAACCAUCGAUGGGAUUCUGCUGCUCAUAGAGAGGGAGCGCAACGGGGAGGCGAUAGACCGCAGUCUGCUGAGGAGCCUGCUGAGCAUGCUGUCUGACCUGCAGAUUUAUCAAGACUCCUUUGAGCAGCGAUUUCUGGAGGAAACUAAUCGACUUUAUGCUGCAGAGGGACAGAGGCUGAUGCAGGAGAGAGAGGUACCAGAAUAUCUACAUCACGUCAACAAGCGCUUGGAAGAAGAGGCUGACAGAGUCAUCACAUAUCUAGACCAGAGCACGCAAAAGCCACUAAUUGCGACUGUAGAGAAGCAGUUGCUCGGUGAACAUCUCACUGCUACUUUGCAAAAAGGUCUGACUCAUCUUUUGGAUGAAAACAGGAUUCAAGAUCUGUCUCUUCUCUAUCAGCUCUUUAGUCGAGUGCGAGGCGGUGUUCAGGUCCUCCUGCAACACUGGAUAGAGUACAUAAAGGCAUUUGGAAGUACAAUCGUAAUCAAUCCUGAAAAAGACAAAACUAUGGUGCAAGAGUUGCUGGACUUCAAAGACAAGGUUGAUCACAUCAUUGACAUCUGCUUCAUGAAGAAUGAGAAGUUUGUAAAUGCCAUGAAGGAAGCCUUUGAAACAUUCAUCAACAAACGGCCAAAUAAACCUGCAGAGCUCAUAGCAAAACAUGUGGAUUCUAAAUUAAGAGCAGGAAACAAAGAAGCCACAGAUGAGGAACUGGAGAAGAUGCUGGAUAAGAUCAUGAUUAUCUUUAGAUUUAUUUAUGGAAAAGAUGUUUUUGAGGCCUUUUACAAAAAGGAUCUGGCCAAGAGGUUGCUGGUUGGAAAAAGUGCCUCUGUGGAUGCUGAGAAAUCAAUGUUAUCGAAGCUGAAACAUGAAUGUGGAGCAGCAUUCACCAGCAAACUCGAGGGCAUGUUCAAGGAUAUGGAGCUUUCUAAAGACAUCAUGGUGCAGUUUAAACAGUAUAUGCAGUGCCAAAACAUCCCUGGCAACAUUGAGCUGACUGUGAACAUCCUCACUAUGGGAUACUGGCCGACCUACAUCCCAAUGGAAGUGCACCUGCCUCCUGAGAUGGUGCGACUGCAAGAGAUCUUCAAGACAUUCUACCUGGGCAAACACAGUGGCAGGAAGCUGCAGUGGCAGUCAACACUAGGCCAUUGUGUCUUAAAAGCUGAAUUUAAGGAGGGCAAGAAGGAGCUCCAGGUCUCACUUUUUCAAACACUUGUGCUACUCAUGUUUAAUGAAGGAGAGGAGUUCACCCUGGAGGAGAUCAAACUUGCAACAGGAAUAGAGGACAGUGAACUGCGUAGGACGCUGCAGUCACUUGCUUGUGGAAAAGCACGCGUUCUCACAAAACUCCCAAAAAGCAAAGAUGUGGAGGAUGGAGACAAGUUUUCUUGCAAUGAUGACUUCAAACACAAGCUCUUCAGAAUCAAAAUAAAUCAGAUCCAGAUGAAAGAAACGGUUGAGGAGCAAGCCAGCACCACAGAGAGGGUCUUCCAAGAUCGUCAGUAUCAGAUUGAUGCUGCCAUUGUUCGGAUCAUGAAGAUGAGGAAGACUCUGAGCCAUAAUCUGUUGAUGUCUGAGGUGUACAACCAGCUCAAAUUCCCUGUCAAGCCUGCUGAUUUAAAGAAGAGGAUAGAGUCUCUCAUUGACAGGGACUACAUGGAACGUGACAAGGAGAACUCCAACCAGUACAACUAUGUGGCUUAAAGGAAAAAAAGUGACAUGGUCCAAUCAGGUUGAAAAGCUGUUUUGAAUGAUCGGUCUCUAAAUCUUUUACUCCAGUGGAUGUUCAUCAUUAUCAUCUUCAACCCAGCGACCGACAAGUGAAUGGAUACUGCUCCACAGGAUGUUUGUCAGGGGUCUUGGGAUCCUGUGGAUGUGCAUGCCCAUUGAAAAGAGAAUAUUGUCCAUGUUUCUCAGUGCCUCUGAGAGUGUUGGGCUACAGUGGACAGACAAAGAAGACACAGAUGUUCUGUUUUCUCUUUUUUUUUAAUGGAGAGAAAAAAUAUUUAUUUUCAAACUUAGAUUCUUCUUUGUCCAUAGUUUCAAUCAAUGUCAUUUUUUGUUAUCAAGUCAGUUUUCUUUUUGUUCACUCACUAUCCCAAUGCUGACACACCUAACGAUGCUCUAUAUGUACUACACGGAGAGAAAGGAUCAAAAAAAUUAAACUUAUGCUUGUUUCUUUAGUUGGUGUCAAAUGUUGGACUAUGGGACUUGCAUUCAAAUUAGAGAAGAUGAGAAACUGAAAACUCUGCAGUAAAGUCGAAUAAUUCCUGAGGUCAUGUAGCUGUUUGACAAACCUGUGAUCAAGAACACAAAGCAAAGUAGAGUUUGUGCCAAAAAAGGAACAGCACUUAUUUUGUUAAAAGUUUUAUUCAAGCUGCUGAGACACUUCAGUUGUACGAGUACAUGCAUUUGUUGCCCAUUUGCUACUUUCUUGUAUGCUUUUGUACAUUCUUAACAAAAGUGACAUUUUAAAUGAUCGCCUCUGACAGUAAGCUGCUUUUUAGUUUUUUUGUUAACCCUUAGAAAAUAUACUAAAAGCACAAAAGCACAUAUGUCCAUCUUCUGUGGCGCCAGGCCACAUCUACACUAUUUUCUUUCUUUUCUCUCUUUAUUUUGCAAGUCUCUGAUGAGGCUUGUGUUGAAAAGUUGGGGUGAAUUGGAAUAGGAGCGGAUUGCUUCAAAACAUACGGGGAUCAUGAUUGAGCAGACAAGCCCUUGUUUGUAUGAGUCUGUUAGAUUUAUUGCUUCAGAUUAAAAUAACUGUUUCAA